UAUAAAGACAAAAUCUGAAAUAAAUGCUUUAAUUAUUUCAGUACGUGAGAUUCAAUUAACUUGCACUUACUUCCCCACCGAAACUGAAAAUCUUUAGUGGACGCAGUUCCGAACAACAAGAAGACCGAGUUUGAGCAAGAUUUUAUUUCGUCAGAUUUUAAUUUCUUGAUGACGAUUUCUGCUACUCUGCCGCUCGCUGGAGCUAUCAGCUCAAUGGUUACUUCUAAGAAGUAUAUUACAAGUGAAGAGCUUGGGAAACAUAACAAGCGUGAAGAUCUGUGGAUUUCUAUUCAGGGAAAGGUUUACAAUGUCACUGAAUGGGCUAAGGAACACCCAGGUGGGGAUAUCCCACUCUUAAAUUUGGCUGGACAGGACGUGACAGAUGCAUUCAUUGCUUUCCAUCCCGGUUCUGCUUGGAAAUAUCUUGACAAAUUCUUUACUGGGUAUCACCUCGCAGACUAUGAAGUUUCAGAUGUAUCGAAGGAUUAUAGAAAACUUGCUGCCGAGUUUGCAAAAGCUGGAAUGUUUGAAAAGAAAGGGCAUAUCGUAAUCUACUCAAUUUGUUUUGUAGCUUUGUUGCUUUCAGCAUGUGUAUAUGGUGUAUUGGCUUCAGACAAAUUCUCAGUUCAUAUGUUAUCUGGAGCAUUGUUGGGAUUCACUUGGAUUCAAGUGGCUUAUAUGGGUCAUGAUGCUGGACACUAUCAAGCAAUGUCAAGUCGUGGAUGGAACAAAGUUGCUGGUAUUAUUAUUGGCAAUUGUAUUACUGGAAUCAGCAUUGCUUGGUGGAAAUGGACUCAUAACGCUCAUCACAUAGCUUGCAAUAGCCUCGACUAUGAUCCCGACCUUCAGCACUUGCCCAUGCUAGCAGUGUCAGACAGUUUCUUCCAGUCGUUGACAUCAAAAUUUUACAAUAGGAAACUGACGUUUGAUCCAGUAGCUAAAUUCUUCGUGAGCUACCAACACUUGUCAUACUACCCGGUCAUGUGUGUGGCGAGAGUCAACCUUUAUCUGCAAACAUUGUUACUAUUGUGCUCCAAGAGGAGAAUACCAGACAGGGCUCUUAACAUAAUUGGGACCAUUGUUUUCUGGACAUGGUUUCCUCUGCUUGUUUCUUGCUUACCCAAUUGGACCGAAAGGGUGUUGUUUGUGCUGGUAAGCUUCUGUGUCUGUGCUAUUCAACAUGUUCAGUUCACCUUGAACCAUUUUGCGGCAGAUGUUUAUGUGGGACCUCCUACGGGGAACAAUUGGUUUGAGAAACAAGCCGGAGGGACGAUAGACAUUGCGUGCUAUCCAUGGAUGGAUUGGUUCUAUGGUGGUUUGCAGUUUCAGCUCGAGCACCAUUUGUUUCCCAGGUUGCCUCGAACUCAUUUGAGGAGCAUUUCUCCUAUCGUGCAAGACCUUUGCAAGAAGCACAAUCUUCCUUACAGAAGCUUGUCUUUCUUUGAGGCCAAUGUAGCGACGCUCAAGACUCUUAAGACUGCAGCCUUUCAGGCUCGUGGUUUGCUCUGGGAAGCAGUCAACACUCAUGGUUGAUGGGUUAUAUGUGAUCAUGUUUACACCAACCCAUCAGUUUGGAUGAGAAACUCAACUUUUGUAUCAGGAUUUUUUGUAACUCUUUUGUUCUUUAAACUAUUUUAGGUUGCAUUAUGUUCUA